AUGAAAUUCGCCGUUGUACUAGUAGCUGUAGCGAUGGUGUUCCUGCAAGCUGAAGGGAGGACCUUCACGAGAUGUCAACUCGUUCAGGAAUUGAGGAGUCAAGGAUUCCCGGAGUCGAAACUUAGAGAUUGGGUUUGUUUAGUUGAAAACGAGAGUUCGCGCACAACAAGCAAAGUUGGCAAAGUAAACAAGAAUGGUUCCGUCGACUACGGCCUCUUCCAGAUAAACGAUAAAUACUGGUGCAGCAAAACUAGUACUCCAGGAAAGGAUUGUAAUGUUACCUGUUCAGAUCUUCUAACCGAUGACAUCACAAAAGCAGCAACUUGCGCCAAGAAGAUUUACAAGCGACAUGGUUUCAACGCGUGGUACGGCUGGAAGAACCACUGCCAAAGCGGCUUACCUGAUAUCAGCUCCUGU